AUGCUUCGACCGCCAAAUACGAUUGUUGUGGCCAAAGAGCUCGAAGGAAGUUGCAAAGGAGAUGGCCGAUGCAAUGGCACUGGCGGAGCAGCAGCAUGCAAAGGAUGUCCAGCAUUCAAUAAUAGAGUAGUAGCGAAAAAGACAUUGGAGAAAGCGCCACACGAAGAACGCACGAAAGCUAGCAACCAAGCUGCUUCUGGAGGUGGACAAAAAUCCAUACAGGUCAAGAAAGAAGGUGCAGGUGCAAGUGCAAGUGAAGGUGCAGGUGCAAGUGCAACUGUUGUUUCUGCCUCUGCUCUUGGUAGUGCCAUAGUUGCCGAAGGUAAUGGCGAAGACAGUGGCGAUACAAGCUCGUUUGCCAUUGCAUGUUUCAAUUGCGGUACAACUAUAACACCACUUUGGAGACGAGAUGACGCUGGAAACACCAUAUGUAACGCGUGUGGAUUAUUCUAUAGAUUACAUGGAUCUCAUCGACCGAUCAAGAUGAAGAGAGCCACAAUUAAACGAAGAAAGAGAAAUGUUCCCGAUAAGUCGGUUUCUGGGGAUGUCAAGAUACGGAAAACAUCACCAUCACCAUCACCAUCACUGGCACCAUCACCGGUACCAGUACCAGUAUCAGUAUCAGUAUCAGGUAACACCUCACUCAAAUCAACAUCCGAUAGAAAUGAGAGCAAGUCCCCAAUACCAGUAGGUUCUUUGCCCUCGUUCAAUCCAGACUACCAACAGCAACAUAUACAACAAUCAAACACCCCGCAAAUGGGGAAUAGACUACCAUCAAUCCAAUACUCGAUUCCCUUUCAAACACAAUCAUUACAUCCUAACUACCAGUCUUCAACACCAGGGACUACACCACCACCACCACCACCACGACCUGCUGCAUAUGCAAAGUCUUCCUACUCGAUCAUUGCACCAUCACUUUAUCCCAGAUAUAAUGGUAAUGGUCGAUUACCCAACGGACCUGGGCCUCUUCCUGGUCCUCCACCUCCCAUGCCUGCACCGGCACAGACGCAUAUACCGAGUCAACCACCAACAACGGCACGUCCUCUUAUUCAGCAUGGCUACCAUUACACAGGAUAUCAACCAUCAAUAUAUCAACAUGCACCACCUCCACAUUUACAUCAUCAAAUCAACAUUCCAGCACUAAAUUUCGAACAAGGAUCUUCAUUGCCGCCUAUAUCUCAACCGGCACCACUAGCACCACCAGUGCAAUUGGAAUAUGAAAAGCAGCAGCAGCAACAACAACAACAGGAAGAGUCCAAAAAUACUGGUAAUACCAGUGGCUGUUCACAUUGCGCAGCACCACCAAGUAAAAAACAAAAUACACCAAUCCCAAUGGCUAUAGAUUUUACCGCAACAUACAAAGUACCAAGCAAAGGGCAUCGUCUAUCUACGAAUUCCGAUGAAAAUGACAGUGAACAACACUUUUUCAAGCCAAAAAAAGACGCUUUUUCCGCACCUAGCACUAAUACUACUAGCACCACUGGUACCACCACUAUGGGUUCUACUACUACUGGUCCUAGUACUUUGUCGAAGGACAAAAGCACAAACAACGCUUCUACGCAAAAACCACGCACUAAACGUGCUUUGACUAUUGGUGGGUUGCUUAACGAAUGA